UGAAAUAUUUCAUGAUGUACCUAGUAAACUUAUUUAAUUUUCUAAUUCUAUUUAUCAUUGUAAUAUGCUUAUAAAUUGGUACCUGUACCAGUUAAGGUGUAACAGGUUAUGCGUUGAAAAUGGUUUAUUGAUUCAAGUUGUAAAGUGAAAUUAUUGUAGCUUCAGAAAGCUAAUGCAUCUGAUCAGGAAAGCUAUUUUAUCAACAAUUUUUAGCCACCUGUCUAAUUUAAGAAGUUUGUUUAUAUGUUGGGAGUUAUAGGUGUUUUGGUACCAUGCAAACCUGCCCUUGCUUAGUUUAAAGAACUAAAUUGAAAAAUCAACUUUAUUAUUAUAGUGUUCUAUGAUUCUCAUAAUACUCUUCUGCAUAUUUAUUUGUACCUAAUGAAAGAUUCAAAAAGUGAUUCUUUUAAUGGAUUUUGGACUUUGCCUGCUGUCAAAUUUACAAACAAAGAUUUCAUUCAUUAUGCGCACAAUGAGUCCACAACAAUGUCUAUCGUACCUUGUAGUUCAAGGGAUUCUGCUGCACUACCUGAACAAUUACUGCCAUCAUCCUUGCAAAAUAUUGAAGUAUCUACAAGAAACUAUGGUGGAAGACCUGAUGCUCAAUGUCUAGAGCUUCUUCAGAGUGUUGGAAAAAGCUCAAAAUGCAAUGAAGAGGAAGAAAUCACCAAACAAACCUUGUCAAAGCUUGAUAGGUUUCUGAUGACCAAAUGGAAGGCUGCAUCUGAAGUUGGAGCCUUGAAUUACAGCGUUGCAAAUGUGCUCACUAAGAUCUUGCCAGGAAAAUAUUGCAUAGUUGCUCAGCUGAACCCUGCACGUGCAAUGCAGCGAAGGAAGCCUCAGUCAUUCACAAAACUCCAUGAACCGUUCAACCCAGAUUUGUUUAAUUUCACAAAAAUUAAAAGUUCUGAAUUGUUAUUCAACAUCCAUUUAGUUCUGGAGAAUAAUGAAGAUCUGAGUGGAUCAAUCAUUGUGAAUGCAGCACCAAUUUGUAGCACACAUAGUCUGCUCCUGCCAUCUGUGCAGUCAUGUCUGCCACAACUCAUUGACAGGGAUGGUCUUAUGCUGGCAGUCUCCACUGUUCUCUUGUCCAGCUCUCCUUCAUUCCGUGUGGGCUUCAACUCUUUGUGUGCCUAUGCCUCUGUCAACCACCACCACUACCACUGCUACUUCCUUCCCCAGCACCUCUAUGUGGAGUCGGCUGCCUGCCGUCCUGUGCGUGGUCGCUGCCAUGUUUUUAUCGACCACUACGCCCCUGGUUUUGUGUUUCAAGUUGACCCAAACUGCCUGAUUGAGAGUGUUGGUGCGGCAAUGAAGCUCCUGUCGUGGAUGAUUUCUGCAGACAUCCCACACAACGUCUUCAUCACGCGCGGCCAGUCGCUGGACGACUCACGAGGCCCUGAUGUUGAGGAUGCCAAAGACGACUCAGAGCUGGAGGCUUGUGCGGCUGCCACCGGCAGCGCUGAAAAGACAUACCAGGUCAUCAGAAUAUGCAUCUGGGCUCGAGAAGCCAGCACCGGAGCCAAAGACGUGUCGGUGUUCGCUCCAGCUCUCUGCGAACUUGCCGGCCAUGUUCCUAUCUACAAUGCCGACUAUUGGGAUCGAAUUAAUGAGGAAUACAUCACCAAGGAAAUACAUUCGUUGUGUAAAGACGCAUUUGAUUUUGUCUUGGCGAAUAUCGAAAGUAUAUUGUAAAGAAGCA